GGCGACCGAGGUUGGUAGAGUGACUGAUGAUUGAUGGCCGUCGCCUUUAUUUCCUUCGCUACCGCUGUGGUGGGGAACAUGCAAUGACUUCUACGUUAGAAGCUUAAUGGCAUCCCAGCUAAGGGGAAUCAAAAGCCACAUGAAACACACCUCUUAUCGAAGCUUCUCUGUCUUUUCCAACAUGGAAGAAGGUAACACGAGGACUAGUGGGUCCAAGAGAGGCGGCGGCGGAGGCGGCGGUGAGAAGGCCAACAAGAGGAGCAAGGAGGGAAAGCACCCGGGCUACCGAGGCGUACGCAUGCGCUCCUGGGGGAAAUGGGUGUCGGAGAUCCGAGAGCCGAGGAAGAAGUCGAGGAUCUGGCUGGGGACGUUCCCGACGGCGGAGAUGGCCGCGAGGGCGCACGACGUGGCGGCGAUGACCAUCAAGGGCCAGUCGGCGUGCCUCAACUUCCCCGAACUGGCCGAUGAGCUACCGCGGCCGGCCUCCGCCGCCCCCGAGCACAUCCAGGCGGCAGCCGCGUUGGCUGCUGCCACCACCUUCGGCGGCCGCGGAGAAACAACACGCGCCAGCGAGGAGUCAGGCAGGAGGCAGGCCGAGAUGCCGAUGUCGCGAUCUCCAGCCCCCGCAGCUCUAUCGAGCGACGGCGACGACAAGCUCUUCGACCUGCCCGAUCUCCCGCUUGACGUAAGCGAAGGUUUCCGCUCGCAUCCGUCAUGGGCGCCAUCCACAGUGGAGGACUGCAUUCAGUUCAGGGUGGAGGAGCCAUUGGUGUGGGAAUACUACGUGAAUUGAGCAGUAGCCGCAGCUGCAGCUGCUCCUCCUUCCUCCUCUUCUAAUCGAAUUCAAGGCAAAGCAGCAGAUAAUUUAGCUCUUACACCCCAUUCUCUCAGCACAUACUGCAAUACCUCCACAUAAACUACAAGGCUUUGGAGUUCAUGUGUACCAUUACACAUCGAUCAACCUUAGCAAACUACCCAUCAAUUGGGUAUAAAUCAGAAUGCAAAGACGUGGAGUUUACUGUCUUGCUUUACUGAAGUUGGGUAGUGCAUCGAUCCUAUGCUUUCUAUAACAGGAGGGAGAGCAAAAGCUUUGAUCAUUCGCUUUAGUGAGGACUUCUUUUCCUUCUUUGCGGUAAAUCUUUCAUAUGAUUCCUUGUUCUCUACUGAAAUCUUGCACAUGACUCUUCAUU